CUGGCCGCACAGUGUUUGCCCCAAUUAUAAGUUUUCAUUUGUCGGAUACGGAAUGACUGGACUGAAGCUACAAACAUUUUGCUGGAGCUUUCUGCUUCUGGUUUCAAUCGCCGGAGUACAGGCCGCUGCGACUUGGUCCCUGCCCACACCUGAGAAUGUUUACGAGGAUCUGGAAACUUGCCGCCAAGAUGCCCAGGAAGACGAUCCAUCCAUCUUACGAUGUCUGGUUGAAAAACUAGGACUCUGGACGGACGCGGCGGGCUACGACCCCAAACGGAUAGCCAAGAUAUUUGCUAGCCACAACCAAGAGGAGGAAGUAAUGCUGGUGGUCCACUACUGCAAUUCCAAGGAGAGGAGGAUAAGAGAUCCCAGUAAUUGGGCGUUUGAGGCCUACAAAUGCGCCACGGCCGGACAGUUUGGUCGUUGGGUUAAGGACUACAUGAAGGAGAAAAGAAAAAACUAA